ACAGUCACACAAGUUCGAGCUAAAUUUAUUCACCUGUCGCUCAUAAUAUAUACGAAUAAAUUCGUUUAUAAUUACUGGAUAAUAUAUUUAGUGGAUUAAAACCAAAAAAGUUUAAUAUGUUUUUGAAUCGACAAAGCACAGUGUUAUCCUUCAUUGUUUUUAGUUUGUGCCAUCAAAUUAUAACGGCUGAUGUUAUCGAUUGUCAACGACCACCUCAGCUAGUGGACCCUGCUACAUGCUGCAAAGACGGAGGCCGUGAUGAGGUAACCGAAAAGUGCGCUUUGCGUAUGGGCAUCACUGGUCAACCCACUGAUCCUCAGCCCAGUGUAGAAACAGCCACAUGCCUGGCGCAAUGCAUUCUAACAGAAUCAAAAUAUAUGCCACAAGUUGAAAAUCUAGAUUUGGAUGCUAUACGCACCGAUUUACAAGCAAAAUUCUCUAAUGAUAGCGCUUAUGCAGAGACUAUGGUAGAGGCCUUUCGUAAAUGUCAACCCAAUACUUUGAAGAAAUUACAGGCCUUCAAACAAAUGCCCAUGGGCCGUGCUUCUCUACAAAGAGGAUGUAGUCCCUUUGCGGGCAUGCUGUUGGGCUGUGCCUACAUGGAGUACUUUAAGAAUUGUCCAGCACACCGAUGGACUGAAAAUCCCGAAUGUAAGCUGGCUAAACAAUUUGUGAUGCAGUGUUCCUUGGGGGCUUAAUUCCCAAGAAAGAGAGUAUUUUUCUAUGAUUAGUAUUUUAAGAAAAAAUGAAAUUUUCCUCAAAUUUUUUUUAUUUUUAAAUUUGUUGCUUUAGUUGUUAAUG